UCGAUGCCGGCUGAGAGCACUGAUGGGAGUAGACAGUGUUACUGAUAUCGUCGGAGUGAUCGAAGUGCGCAGACGACACAGGGGAUUCAUUUUGGCGGGAGAACGAUACGCUGAGCUCGACGAUAUCGGAAAGCUGGAGUUUUCAUUGUAUUUCGACGUCGUUGUCACGUUCAUCGCCAUUGAUAUAGGAGCAGGAAAAGAGCUAGAGGUUCUCGACGUCACCAGGAGCAUGGAGAGGGCGCUGAAGCUGAUCGAUCUGUUUGGCAUCACCUCAGUUCGCUUCGAGCAAACUGAUUACUAUGGUAUCCCACACUGCAAGGUGAUCCCGGUAAAGCACUUCCGGGACAAGGCGAUACACGGCCAGAACUUUUGCCUCGGGUACCUGUCGUUCAACCCCCAUGGCCAACCCAUCGGAGGCACAGGAUACGGCGAGGAGAUUCACUACGAAGACGCCGUCUGCUUUCCAGACUUGGCUUCCUUUCAGGUAUUACCUUGGUGUAAGAAGACGGCACGGGUUCUCGUAGAGGGCGUCUACGAAGGGAAGGUUGUUGAGGGAUACCCCAGGGUUGUCGCACGUAGGCAACUUGAGCGUCUUGAGGAGAUGGGAUACUCACUAUUCUCCGCUCAUGAAUUUGAGUUCUACAUGGUCGAUGAGAAGACGCAAGAACCGAUCGAUAAUUCCACUAACGCCAACGCGACAUCGCGCCUCUUUAAAAUUCGGGACUUCACGGAAGACGUGUUGGAAGGACUACCUCAGGCAGGUGUGGAUUUGGAGUUCAUUGGGAGCGAGUCGGCCACGGGGCAGUUCGAGAUCACCUACCGUCCAAGUUUUGGCAUUCGUGCUGCAGACAAUGCCCACACCUACAAGAUGGGCAUCAAGGAAAUCGCACAGAAACAUGGAUACAUCGCCAGUUUCAUGUCCAAACCUUGGCCGGACAAAAGUGGCUCAUCGGCGCAUUUCUGUCAUUCUCUUUGGGACGUCACCGGGGAAAUACCCCUGCUCUACGACCCGUCUCAACCAUUACAGCUCUCAAAGCUGGGUCAGUACUGGGUAGCUGGUCUGCACGCACACGCAUGUGCGCUAGCUGUUCUAAUGGGUCCGACAGUGAAUUGUCUCAAACGCUACAAGCCAUUCAGCUUCGCCCCAAGUAACGCAACGUGGGGGAUGGAUAACCGAACUUGCGCCAUCCGCGUCCGGGUCCAAGGUGCCAAAGGAACCUACAUCGAGAACAGAAUGGGAGCGAGCGCGUGCAACCCUUACAUCAGCCUAGCGGCAACGGUUGCGGCCGGAAUCGAUGGUAUCGUCCGAAGGUUACCUCUACCCGAGCGGGUCAUCGGAGAUGCCUACAAAGACGAGGAUAUCCCACCGCUGACACCCAGAUUGCCAAACAACAUGGCGGAAGCGUUAGACUGCUUAUUGAAUGAUGAGGUCAUGGUAUCUUCCCUAGGACAAGACUUCAUUAAGUGUUUUGUUGCGGGAAAGCGAAAUGAGCUGGAACUCGAGAGAGCAGCAAUUGAGAGGGGUGAACUGCACAAAUGGGAGCAUGACUAUUUCUUUGAAGUAAUGUAA